UCCUCGUCACUCAGUUUCGCGGAUUCCCUUUUCGCAUAAAACACCCUUCUUCUUCCCUAUUCCUUCAAACGUGCAGCCCUCGCUUUCUGUUUGUUUUCUAGGAAAAGGGGCCUCACCUGAAAUUCUGAAUUUUCCGGGAACCUCCGCUGCAGAAUGGUUGGCCCGGAAAACGCCAAUUGGCUUUUCGACUAUGGUUUAAUGGACGAUAUACCUGUCCCGGACGACAGCUUUACUAUACCUGCUUCCGGGUUCAGCUGGCCGGCGCAGGCCUUGAAUGGCUCUUCGAAUAUGAGUGCUGAAAUUGAUGGCACGUUGGGGGAUACUGAUGGCGUAAAAGAGUCUGGUUCAAAGAAGAGGGGUAGACCUGAAUCAUGUGCUGCUUCCAGUUCAAAGGCAUGUCGGGAAAAGCUGAGGAGGGACAGGCUGAAUGACAAGUUUCUUGAAUUAGGCUCUAUUUUGGAGCCUGGAAGGCCUUCCAAAACAGACAAGGCUGCUAUCCUGGUUGAUGCUGUUCGAAUGGUGACACAGUUACGGGGUGAAGCCGAGAAGUUGAAAGACUCAAAUAUGAAUCUUCAAGAGAAGAUUAAAGAGUUAAAGGCCGAGAAGAACGAACUACGAGAUGAGAAACAGAGGCUCAAGGCUGAGAAAGAAAAGUUGGAGCAGCAGUUGAAAGCUAUCAAUGCUCAACCUGGUUUCAUGCCUCCCCCUCCUGCAAUUCCUGCUGCAUUUGCUGCUCAAGGCCAAGCCCCAGGCAGCAAGUUGGUCCCUUUUAUGGGUUAUCCGGGGGUUGCCAUGUGGCAAUUUAUGCCGCCAGCUGCUGUGGAUACUUCACAGGACCAUGUGCUCCGUCCACCAGUUGCCUAAGUUGGCACUAUAAAAUUAUUUGGGCAUCUAUUUUGGCUCGAAAGCUUGUAUUCAUUCACCCUUACUCCUUAACCUAGUUUCUAUUUUGUCACUUUGUUCUGUUUCUCCUUUUGUUUAGCUUAGCAACAUCCUGGCUUUAUUAGUUUUUAAUCAAGUGUUAGGACUGGACCUCGUGGUGAGCGUGACUGUAUUUGAUAUCUGAUACUAUCUUGAAAUAACGCUGGUAUCUGCAUGUAAAUGCUAAUAAACUUCUCUGGCUGUCUUCCGUUUA